AGAAAGCCAUAGAAACAGUCACUCAGGCCACAGAGCAAGACCGCCUGGAGAACUAUGAGGAGGCGUAUCGUCUGUACAAUUCUGCUCUGGAGUACUUUAUGCUAGCCAUCAAGUAUGAUAAGAACCCUCGCAGUGUCGAGUCGCUCAGACAGAAGUGCAGUGAGUAUAUGAACCGUGCGGAGACGCUGAAGGAGUACAUCAACAACAAGUCACACAAAGCUGAGGCGGCAGGAAGGAAUGGGGGGACAGCCGAUGACGAUGAUAAGGAGACGAGUGAGAUGCGAGAGGCGCUGGAGGGCGCCAUUGUGGCCGAGAAGCCUAAUGUCAAGUGGGACGAUGUCUGUGGCCUUGAGAGCGCCAAAGAAGCGCUGAAGGAGGCUGUGAUUCUGCCGCUCAAGUUUCCGCAUCUGUUCAAAGGCAAUCGCACACCCUGGAGGGGCAUCCUCCUGUUUGGACCCCCGGGUACCGGUAAAAGUUACUUGGCCAAAGCGGUCGCCACAGAAGCCGACUCGACCUUUUUCUCAGUGUCGAGUUCCGAUUUGGUGUCGAAAUGGGUGGGGCAGAGUGAGAAAUUAGUCAAAAAUCUAUUCCAAAUGGCACGAGAGCAGAAACCGGCGAUCAUCUUCAUUGACGAGGUGGAUUCGUUAGCGGGCAAUCGAAGCGAAGGCGAAUCCGAAUCAGCGCGACGGAUUAAAACAGAACUUAUGGUGCAGAUGGCUGGAGUGGGUAAUGACAUGGACGGGGUACUGGUAUUGGGAGCUACAAAUAUACCGUGGUGUCUAGAUUCGGCUAUUCGAAGGCGAUUCGAGAAGAGGAUCUACAUUCCACUCCCAGAAGCCAAAGCGCGUAGUGAAAUGUUCAGGCUCAAUGUGGGGGACACUCCCAAUUCACUCAGCGAUGAAGACUAUGAGAAACUGGGGGAGCACGCAGUAGGCUACUCAGGCUCAGACGUGGCUGUGGUGGUGCGCGAUGCGUUGUUUAUGCCGGUGAGGAAGGUGCAGAUGGCCACCCACUUUAAAAAGGUCCGAGCGCCGAGUAAAGAAGAUGAAACGCAAAUGCGUGAUUACUUGCAGCCGUGUUCGCCUGGCGAUCCUUUUGCCAUAGAAAUGAGCUGGACUGAGGUUGAAGGGCCGGACCUCUUAGAGCCGAUGGUUACAAAGAGAGAUAUGGAUAAAGCACUGAUCAAUGUCAAGCCGUCGACGAAUAAAGCGGACCUGGUGGAGCACGAGAAAUUCACCAGCGAAUUCGGACAAGAAGGCUAGAUGUAAGCAAUUAACGGGAUAACGAAUGUACAGGGCCAAUAAUAACGAAUAAUAAAUAGACGAUGAAAUAAAAACCUACUUACAUGCCAG